AUGGCUAACGCUGUCAAAGAGAGAAAGAAGGUAGCUCAGCUCCUUGAGAGUGAGGAAGAGGUAAGAAAACUUUGGGAUGAAGCCAAGGUGUUCGAAGAGGAUGCCGACGACAGUAACAAAGAAAAGUACUUUGUAACAUUCCCUUUCCCAUAUAUGAAUGGAAGACUUCAUUUGGGACACACUUUCACUCUUUCCAAAUGCGAAUUUGCUGUUGGUUAUCAUCGUUUAAAAGGAGAAAAAUGUUUGUUCCCCUUCGGUUUCCAUUGUACCGGAAUGCCUAUCAAGGCUUGUGCUGACAAGCUCAAGAGAGAAAUGGAAGAUUUCGGAUAUCCUCCAAAUUUCGAUCGACAAGAAGAAGUAGUUGUUGUUGAGGAUGAGGUUUCUGAGUUAGAAGCUCUCAUGAAAGACAAGAGUAAGGGAAAGAAGAGUAAAGCUGUUGCCAAAACUGGUAGUGGCAAAUACCAAUGGCAGAUCAUGCAAUCAUUGGGAAUGACUGAUGAAGAAAUUGCCAAAUUCGCUGAUCCACUCUAUUGGCUAGAAUACUUCCCUCCUCAUUGCAUCGCUGACAUGAAGAGAAUGGGAAGCAAAGUCGAUUGGAGAAGAUCCUUCCUUACCACCGAUGUUAAUCCCUACUUCGAUUCUUUCGUAAGAUGGCAAUUCGGAAAACUCCGCGCCGCCAAGAAGAUCGAUUUCGGAAAGAGAUACACUAUCUAUUCUCCUAAGGAUGGACAGCCAUGUAUGGACCACGAUCGUGCUUCUGGUGAAGGUGUGGGACCACAAGAAUACACACUCGUUAAGCUGAGGGUUAUUGAACCAAGACCAGUAAUUUUCCGUCAUAUAAAAGAAGAAAUAUUCCUUGUAGCCGCAACUCUCCGGCCGGAAACUAUGUAUGGACAAACCAAUUGCUACCUUCAUCCUGAUAUUGAGUAUGUUGCUUUCUAUGCUGGAGAGGGAGAGAAUGAGGUCUUCGUCGCUACACCUCAAGCUGCUCGUAACAUGAGUUACCAAGGCUUGACUGCUGAGAAUGGAGUUGUGAACUAUGUCGAUGGAUUGGACAGCUUCGCAGGUGCUCUGAUUCUUGGUUGCCCACUUAGAGCUCCACUUUCUGCUUAUGAUAUCAUAUAUGCACUUCCUAUGCUCACCAUCAAAGAAGACAAAGGAACUGGAGUUGUUACCUCAGUACCUUCUGACUCUCCUGAUGAUUAUGCUGCUCUCAAUGAUCUGAAGAAGAAGAAACCUCUUCGUGAGAAAUACUGCAUCGAUGAUGAAAUGGUUCUUCCUUUCGACCCCAUCGCAAUUAUCGAAAUUGAGGGACUCGGUGAUAUGGCCGCCAUUGAAAUGUGCAAGAGAUUGAAAAUUGAAUCUCAGAACGACAAAAUCAAGUUGGAGCAAGCCAAGAAAGAAGUUUAUCUCAAAGGAUUCUAUGACGGUGUAAUGAAAGUCGGAAAAUACGCUGGACAGAAAACCGCUGAUGUGAAGAAGCUCAUCCAGAAUGAUCUUUUCAAUGAGGCUUUGGCAGUCAAGUAUGUCGAACCUGAAAAAAAAAUUAUCAGCAGAUCUGGAGACGAAUGCGUUGUUGCCUUGUGUGAUCAAUGGUACUUGAACUAUGGAGAACCAGGAUGGAAGGCUAAGGCUAAGGAAGCUCUUGCCAAGUUGAACACCUACACCGAUGAAACUCGCAGAAACUUCGAGUAUACCAUUGAUUGGCUUCAUGAGUAUGCUUGCUCUCGUAGUUAUGGAUUGGGUACUAAGCUUCCAUGGGAUCCUCAAUAUCUUAUCGAAUCUCUCUCUGAUUCCACCAUUUACAACUGUUAUUAUACCAUCGCUCAUCUUCUUCAAGAAGGAUCUUUGGUUGGAUCAGUUGUUGGCCCAGCUGGAAUCAAAGCUGAACAAUUGACUGAAGCUGUUUGGGAUUAUAUCUUUACCGGUGCUGCUUACGAUGCUAAGACCAUGCCAGUUGCUCAAGAGUCUCUGGACAAAUUGAGAAAGGAAUUCCUUUACUGGUACCCAAUUGAUAUGAGAGUUUCCGGAAAAGAUCUCAUUCAAAACCAUUUGACUUAUCUUCUUUUCAACCACGUCGCCGUCUGGGAGAAAGAAGAGCAAUUCUGGCCUAAGAGUAUUCGUGCUAAUGGUCAUCUUCUCAUCAACAACGAAAAGAUGUCCAAGAGUACUGGAAACUUCUUGACUCUAUCUGAAGGAAUUGACAGAUUCUCAGCCGACGGAAUGAGACUCUCAUUAGCUGAUGCCGGAGACGGUGUCGAAGAUGCUAACUUCGUAUUCAGCAUGGCUGACGCUGCUGUUCUCCGUUUGUUUAACCUUAUCGAAUGGGUUAAGGAAAUGAAUGAGUUGAGAGUCGCCGGAUCUUUCCGUAAGGGAGCCUUCAACUUCAACGAUAAGGUGUUCGCCAAUGAAAUGAACAAAGCUAUCCAACUCACUGCUGAUAACUAUGAGAAAACUUUGUUCAAGGAAGCUCUUAAGUCUGGUUUCUUCGAAUAUCAGACUCUUCGUGAUAUUUACCGUGAGUUCAAUGGUGGACAAGAUUCUGCCAUGCAUGAAGACUUGGUAACCAGAUUCAUCGAAACUCAAGCUAUCAUUCUAUCUCCAAUCUGCCCACAUAUUGCUGAACAGAUUUGGAGAAUCCUUGGAAAGGAUGGCCUCAUCGUGAAAGCAAGCUGGCCUACUACUGAUCCUGUAGAUGAAGUUCUCUGCAAGGCCUCUGACUUCAUCAGAGCUACCAUCACUGAAUUCAGAGCUCGUUUGAAAAACUUCUUGAACCCCAAGAAGAAAACCGGAGCCAUCGAGCCACCCACUGAUGCCUCAAUCUGGGUUGCUAACGAGUAUCCACUCUGGCAGCGUACUAUCCUUCAAAUUCUUGAGAAGCAGACUAACGAGAACAAUGGAGAAUUACCUGACAACAAGGUGAUUGCCGGUUUGAUUGGAAAGGAAGAAGCUCUCAAGAAGUUUGCCAAGAAAGCCAUGCCUUUCGUUCAGAUGGUCAAAGAGCAAUACAAGAUUAAGGGAAAAUCUGCUUUAGAAAGCGCUUGCUCUUUCGAUCAAACAGCUAUUCUCGAAGAAAACAAAGAUUACAUUCUUAACAGUCUUGAUCUCGAUCGUUUGGUGAUUGGAAACACUUCUGACUCUGGUUGUGAUGCCCUUAUCGCUGAAACUGUUUGCCCAGGAACUCCUCUCAUCAAUUUCACAGCUCCAGCUGAUAAGUUGAACAUUGUCGCCCAGAACGUCAGUAUCUGCAACGGAUUGUUCGAUGUUACUGUCCCUGUUUCAACAGAGGAUACCGUCGCCAUUCUUAUCAGAAAGAUAAGAAGACUCAACAGAUCUGUUAAACCCAGACAUAAUGUUACUUUAUGGAGAUACACCGAAGAAAACGGAGACAGAAAGCUCAGAAACCUUGCUGAUCCAAUGAAAGGAUUGGAGAAACUCUCUGAUGAUGAUGUGUUCGCCAUCGCUGUAGAGAAAGAGGAAGUCUCUGUUGCUGGAAAGAGUGUGAAUUCACUCGUCUAUGUAGCCGAGUAA